AUGUUUUUUUUUAUAAAUAAACGAUUUAUAAAUAUUCAAAGAAAUUAUAAUAGCAAUUCCGCCAACAUAAAUGUGUUAACAAAUAAAGAAAUAAAUAGAAAAAAAAAACAACAAACUUGGAUGAAGAAGAUAAAUGCAAAGGAAAUACCACGAAAAAAAUAUGGAAACAAAUUAGGAACAGUAGCAAAACAAUUAUAUUUAUUACCAGAUUUAAAAGGCAAUCCUAUAAAUGGUAAUAUUUGUGAUCCAAGUGAUAAAACAAGUGCUAAAAUAAAAUUGGAUAAUUAUGAUUUUCGAGAUUUUUUUGGAAAGAAUAAUGAGCCAUGUGCGAAUAAUAAUAACAAUAAGAAUAGUAUUGAAAUGGCAUCAGAAAAAAUGUCGAGUUAUGAAAAUUCGAAAUUACAAUGGGACGAGAUAUGUGAUGAAUUAAAAUAUCAUUUACCUUUUUUACAGCCAUAUAGUAUUAGCAUGUCAUUAAAUUAUUUAUCAAAAAUAAAUUAUAAUGAAUACGAUAUUUUUAAAUUAGUAGCAGAACAAUUAGACGAAAGAUGGCUAAAAAAUUUUAAUAUAAAAGAUUUGUGUCAAUUAUUAUUGUCUUAUUCUAGAAUUAAUUCAAAAUUUUAUGCGUUCAUAAACUUAAUAAGUAAGGAAUUGUUAUAUAAAAUAUGUUACUCUGAUUUUGAAGAUCUAUCAUUAAUAGCUUAUGCAUAUACAAAACUAAGGAUGUAUGAUUUUGAAGUUUUUCUUCAUAUAUGUAACGAAACGAAACAUAAAAUUAAGGAUGAAAUUAAAAACAGUCAAUUAAAAAAGGGCGAUAAUGUAAAUGAAAAUGGCAAGCUAAAAAUUAUCCAAAAUGACACAACUCAUGUUUAUGAUUAUGAUGUAAAUUGUGGAAGUGAGCAAAAUAAAGUUUUAAAUGUUAAUAAAAAUAAAUUUGAUAUUGAAUAUAAUAAUAAGAAUGAUGAAAAAAGUGAAUUUAAUAAAAUAAGAAUUAGUAAUAAAUUAUCUUUAAUAAAAAGUGAUAUUGAAAUAAAUCGAAUUGAUAUGCCAGAUGAUAAGAAAUAUUCUUAUUUGUGUCUUUUGGUUUAUUGCUUAGGGAAAAAUAAACAUCAUGAUAAUAUAUUAUUAAAUUUAAUAGUAGAAUAUAUAGAUUUAAAAAUUGUAAAUAAUAUAGAUUUAAGUAAUUUGGCAUAUGGUUUUUCUGUAUUCAAUAUUUAUAAUGGUUAUUUAUAUGAAAGUUUAUGUAAAAAAAUUUAUGAAGAUUUAAAUAAAAUUGAAUCAUUACAAAAAAUAAUAAUUAUGGGAUAUUUUUUAAAAUACCCACAAUAUAAAAUGUUGGAUUUAUAUUAUAUUUUUUUAAUAAAUAUAAAUGAAGAAAUUAAAGAAUCCAAGAAAAAAAUAUAUAAAGAAGUUGUAUUUUUAAACAUGUGUAUAAAUAGCUUUUCAUGUGAUAAAUUUUUAAACAUUAUAUUCAAUUCAUCAAGUAAAGAAUAUUGUGAAAAUGAUAAAGUAAAAAAAUUAUUUUUUUUAUAUAAUUUUUUAAUAUCCUAUGUAGAUUAUUUUAUGAAAAAUAAAAAUAUAGACUCUCGAGAUUAUCCUAAAAUUCUGACUAUUCUAUUUAAAAUUGUGUAUUUUGAUGGUAGCAAAAUUAGUAAUAUAUCAGAGAGUAAUCAAGAAAAAUUUAUAUUUUUAGAAAAUUAUAAGAAGCAUGUAGACAUACAUAAAGCAACUCUUUUAGUAAAUCUCGCUUUGGAUAAUAUUAUAAAAGAAAUUAACAAACUUCAUAAAUAUGAUUUGAAUAAUGUUAAAAAUAUAUUGAAUAUUUGUAUGCAAAAAAAAGAUAUAAAUAACGAAUUUAAUUUUGUGCAAAAAACAAAAGCUAUUUUAUCAUCAUUUUAG